CCCGAGACGCUUCUGCCCGAACCUCUCGCCUUUUGUCAUGAAGCUGGAGACUUACCUGAGAAUGGCUGAAAUUCCAUACCAGGUCGACUUCGAGGAGCCUCUGGGGCCAAAGGGAAAGAGUCCCUGGAUCUCCUUAAAUGGGGAGGAGAUUGGAGACUCACAGCUGAUCAUAGAGAUGCUCGGCGCUAAGUACGGCAAGGACUUCAGCUCCCACCUGAGCACUGAACAGCUGGCCAUUGCCGUGCUUGGCAGUGUGGCGCUUUGACAUAGAUGCAGGCCAGGCAUUUCUCAACAGCAUAGAAGCCCCGUACAUCCUACGCUUUGUAAUGACAUUGUUCAGGAGGAGGAUUGUGGGUGCAUCCAGGGUGCAGGGCAUGGGGCGGCACAGCCACGAGGAGGUGAUGGAAAUGGGGAGGAAGGAUCUCAAGGCUUUGUCUCUGUGCCUGGGGGUGAAACCCUUUUUAACAGGUGACAGACCUGCUGAGGUAGACUGUGCCUUGUUUGGAUUUCUGGCACAGGUUGUGUGGAACUCUGCUGGCUCUCCUUACCUGCAGAUGCUUGAAA